CGGAUCCACGGACACGUUGUUCCUUCAUUUAACUCCGAAAAACCUCCGGGCUCUUCUGAAGGCUCUGAAAACUAAGCAGGUGCCAACAUGGGGAACGGUUCGAUGAAAUCAAAGCGCUACAAACACACUGACGGCUGCGCGCACAAAGAUCACGGCGGUGGGUUCAAAAACUCGACCCUGGAUUUCCUGAGGGCCCGGGUGGAGGAGCUGGAGCGAGAGGGCAAGAGGAAGGAUGAGGAGCUUUGUGUCAAAGAGCAGCAGAUCAAAGGUCUCCAGGAGCAGCUGGCCAAACACACGCGAGUGCUGGCCGAGAUGAGCGAGGAGCUGCAGAGUAAGUGCAUCCAGCUCAACAAACUGCAGGACGUGAUGAAGAGCGGAGCAUCGGCGGGUCUCGCUUCGAGGCCUCCUUCAGUCAAAGCCAGCAGCAGGGGCAGCCCCAACCUCAGCAUUCGCAUCAAGGAAACCCUGAACAGAAGGAAAGGCGCCAAAGCUGGGGUAUCUGCCGAACCCACAUCAAGAACCUACGACUCCAGCGGUCUGCCAAAGUUCUCCUUUGAGAAGGCUCGGGUACCAAAGGAUGCAAGUGUAAAGAAGCUGCUGACAGAUGCCCUCAACAAGAACCAAUACCUGAAGAGGCUGGAGCUGCAGCAGAUCAAAGACAUGGUGGAGUGCAUGUAUGAGCACACUUACCAGCAGGGAGAGUACGUCAUCAAGCAGGGAGAGCCUGGGAACCAUCUGUUUGUCCUGGCAGAUGGGAAGCUGGAUGUGUUUCAGCAUAACAAACUGAUCACAUCGAUAACGGUGUGGACUGCGUUUGGGGAGUUAGCCAUUCUGUACAACUGCACGCGGACCGCAUCAGUGCGAGGUAACGGCAAAUCUGUUUUAGAGUCAUACGGCUUUUUCCCACUUGUUUCACUUUUGGCUAAUCUGCCAGACGACAAGCUAAGCAAAAUAGUGGACUGCCUGGAGGUGGAAUACUAUGACAAAGGCGAGUACGUCAUCCGAGAGGGAGAGGAGGGCAGCACCUUCUACAUCAUCGCACAAGGAAAGGUGAAAGUGACCCAGACCACCGAGGCCCACAAGCUGCCACAGAUCAUCAACACGCUGCAGAAGGGAGACUACUUUGGAGAAAAAGCACUUAUAAGGUAAAAUACAGCAACAGUCAGGUCAUGUCAACAAAAGACUGAAAUAUUCAAACAGCGUCAGGGGAUUGUUGAGGACUGCUGCUAUAUAGAUGAAUAUUAAAGGACAUUUGAUCAGACGGUGGGCACCUUCAACGAGCUGCAGAAGUACCUCCAAGGGUACGUGGCAACACUCGAUCGCGACGACAAGAAGAGACAUGCCAAGAGGUCUGUGUCACGCCACCAAAGUCAGCCUCUGUCUCCUGACGUCCUCCAGCUGAAGGAACUGGUUUCCGAAUUCUCUUCAUCCAGGCCCUUUGAUCACCUGGAGGUCAUCACUACCCUUGGGGUCGGCGGGUUUGGACGUGUAGAACUGGUGAAGGUGAAGAGUGAGGAUGUCACCUUUGCACUCAAGGUCAUCAAAAAGAAGCACGUGGUGGACAACAGGCAGGAAGAACACAUCCACUCGGAGAGGAGGAUCCUCUCAGAGGCUCGCUCGCCUUUCGUAGUCAAGUGCGUCCUCUUGCCCAGCCUCGGAACUCAUUUCCAUUUUUUAUCCUACAUGAUGAAUCUCUGCUCCAUUAGUCUGGGAACACAAUGCUGCGCUUAUUACUGCACAUGUCUGGUUGUCUUCAGUCUCAAAUAUCGUCGGGUUCUUUAUCUUAAAAUGGGCAGCUUUGAUGAAUCUGCUGCUAAAUUCUGCGUGGGCUGUGUCACGGAGGCUUUCGAGUACCUCCACCGGAAAGGUGUGCUCUACAGAGACCUGAAGCCUGAGAACCUCAUUCUGGAUUCUGAAGGAUACAUCAAACUGGUCGACUUUGGCUUUGCUAAGAAGAUCAGAUGUGGCCAGAAGACUUGGACCUUCUGUGGCACUCCAGAGUAUGUGGCACCAGAGAUCAUCCUCAACAAAGGCCACAACUUCAGCGUGGACUUUUGGUCUUUGGGCAUCCUGGUGUUUGAGCUUCUUACCGGCAGUCCUCCGUUCUCAGGAAUUGACCAGAUGAUGACGUACACUUUCAUCUUGAGAGGCAUUGAGAAGAUGGACUUCCCGAAGAAGAUAACAAAGAGACCGGAGGACCUCAUACGCAAGCUAUGCAGGCGGAACCCCUCAGAGCGACUGGGUAAUCUCAAAAAUGGAAUAACUGAUAUUAAGAAGCACAGGUGGUUUAAUGGCUUCAACUGGGAGGGGCUGAAGGCAAGGACGUUACCAUCGCCACUGAAAAGAGAACUUACAGGACCAACAGAUCACAGUUACUUCGACAGCUACCCUCCAGAUGAUGACAGUCCUCCUGAUGAGCUGUCUGGUUGGGACAUGGACUUCUGAGGACUUCUCCUCCAUCUUUCCAGCAGUUUCCUUCCACUGCACACAUUAACAACUAAAAUAUAACAGGAAAAGUGGACUUACAGGUGACUUUACAUCACCUCAGCCAUGGUUUAGCAGCUUUAUGAUCGUCACAGAUUGACAGAUAAUUGAAAAUGGGAUUUUACCAAAAGGUAAACCCGUAUUGCUCCUGCAUCUCCAUACAAUAUGUGCACAUUUGAAUGGAAGUGGUGUAAAGGUUUA